GGGACUCCAGGGACCCAGGUGUUGGGACAGAGAUCGUGGGUCGGCUGCCCCGUUAUCCCUAUGCUAUAAUAACACAUCAGCCUUAACUGGUGUCAAGCCGUAUAUUAUUUAACUUAUAUGUCUGAUCGAUCGACUGUGCAGUCUUGUCCUCCUUCAUCCAAAUCGCAUCCUACAGAAGGAAAGAUAUUUAGCUACAGAAGUCAGCCAACUUCAAUAGUUGUAGUUGUGUUUUCUUUUUAAUAGACACACAAUGAAACUUAAGAGUGGUAUUCUCAUAGUUUUGUUCGGUGCAUUUAUAUUCGCCACAUCUGAGGACAGCGAGUCGGAGAAAAAUGUCGAAGAGUUGGUUGUGGAAACAUUGGUAAAACCGGAAACGUGCACAAUAACAUCAGUGGUGGGAGAUACGCUUGCAAUACAUUACACGGGGCGCCUGCUGGAUGGCAAGGUGAUUGAUUCCUCCCUGUCUCGUGACCCCUUGGUUGUAGAACUAGGGAAGCGGACGGUCAUCUCAGGCUUAGAGCAAGCCCUGGUUGGCCUCUGUGAAGGACAAAAAAUCAAGGUCACCAUUCCAGCACAUCUAGCAUAUGGAAAACGAGGAUACCCUCCUACUAUCCCAGGUGACUCUGUUCUGGAGUUUGAGGUGGAAGUGGUUUCUCUGACACAGCAGACUCCUUGGCAAAAGCUGGUGAAUGACAUCUUUCCCCUUGUGUGCCUGGCAUUAGUGCCCACUUUAUUGGGACUUGUGGGUAUAUACCUCUACAACAAGGCCAAAGCACAACCUCAAGGGAGGAAGAAGAGCAAGGACAAGAAGAGUAAGAAGAAAUGAGAAGGACAUGAAAGGAAGAAUAAACUAUUUAAAUAAAAAAUAGAAAAUGUGAAAAAAAGUUGCUUGGAGUGCAGUCCUUGCGACAGUUCCCUUUAUGUCAAUUUGUUGUUAAUUUUGUUUACUUGAUAUCACAGAAAAAUAUAAUCUAGCUCAAAAAUAAUUUUUUAAGGCGUUGAACAUCAUGAUCCUGAUUUUUUUAAACUACAGGAAGUAAAGGCAGUCUAAUGUCCAAAAUAUGCAUUACAGUAUAAUGUCUAAAUAUUUUUAAGUGUGACGUUCAUACUAUUUGA